UGAAUAUGCAUCAGUGGCCCGGUGAGGGUGACCUGUAGGGAUGGGACAGAGGUCACGAGAGGUGGGGCGUCAGAAAUGAGCACCCGAGCUCCCGUGAGACCUGAAUGGACAGAAAAGAACACAUUCGCCCGAACACAUAACACACACACAGAGGGGAGCAAUACAAGAUGACCGAGCUGCGAAUCCACCUAUCCCAAACCCAACCCUGUCUUGCCCUACCCUCCCUCUCUCUUGCUCCAGCUUUCACACUCUUCUUCUUGAUGUCUAACAACUGGUGAUACAUAAACUCUUCCCUACCUCACUGUUUUGUCCGCCUCUCUUGCCCUCUCUGGUCCUGUCAGCCUUUAUCCUCCUCCUCCACCUCUCUGUAAGGAAAAGGAGUACCUGUGAGUCUGGACGUUGCCGCUGGGACGACCGAAUACAGUUUAAUUCUGGAUCUGCUGUCUUUCCUUAAAUAAUGACUGGGAACCGUCGAGCUGCCCCAGAUGCCCCUGGCACCCCCGAUAUCCCAACCCACUUGCCAAAUGCAACAACCACCCCAGGCCAAAUACAACCUGGAGGCCACAAUCCCAACAAGUUCAUGAGUGAACUGCGCAGCAUCCACAUGCCAUCGUGGGCCGUUGCUGCCCUUUGCAUCGUGGUUUUGUGCGUGGCGCUGUCGUGUGCCGUGUGUGUGUGGAAGAAGUGCUUGAAAAAGAAGGACAAGGACAAAGAAAAGGACAAGAAAAAGGGAAAAGAGAAGAGUAACGGAGGCUUUGACACUGAAAUGGAUGGAGGUUACAAAGAGCCGUUGAAAGAUGAAGGUACCAAAGAAACAGAUCUGUCAGAUAAUGAGCCUAAGGAGGAGGAGAAGUUGGGGAGACUGCAUUUCACAUUAGACUACAACUUCACAGAUAAUACGCUGGUGGUCGGCAUCUUACAGGCUGCUGAACUUCCUGCCAUGGACGUGGGCGGAAGCUCGGACCCUUAUGUUAAACUCUAUCUGCUCCCGGACAAAAAGAAAAAGUUUGAAACCAAAGUUCAUAGGAAGACCCUCGAACCCAACUUCAACGAGACGUUCACAUUUAAGGUACCGUACACUGAGCUGGGCGGAAAGACGCUGGUGAUGACUGUGUACGACUUUGACCGCUUCUCCAAACACGAUGCCAUAGGAGCUGUGAAGAUACUGAUGAGCAGUGUGGACUUCAGCCAGUCUCUGCAGGAGUGGAGGGAUCUGCAGAAGGCAGAGAAGGAGGAGAGUGAGCGGCUUGGAGACAUCUGUUUGUCCUUGAGGUAUGUGCCUACUGCGGGGAAGCUGACAGUGGUGAUUUUGGAGGCCAAAAAUCUGAAGAAAAUGGAUGUGGGUGGAUUAUCAGACCCUUACGUGAAGAUCCACUUAAUGCAGAAUGGGAAAAGGCUCAAGAAAAAGAAAACAACGAUAAAGAAGAACACUUUAAACCCUUACUACAACGAGUCUUUCAGCUUUGAAGUGCCAUGUGAACAGAUAGAGAAGGUGCAAGUAGCAGUGACUGUGCUGGACUAUGAUAAGAUUGGGAAGAAUGAUGCCAUCGGGAAGGUGCUGCUGGGCAAUAACAGCACUGGGACUGAGCAACGGCAUUGGGAAGACAUGCUGGCAAACCCUCGCAGGCCAAUAGCUCAAUGGCAUAGCCUCAAACCAGAGGAUGAAAUCAAUGUGCUAAUUUCUAACAAGAAAUGAAACUGUGACCUCAGUGGGCAAUGUGUCCUUGCAGCAUUUACCUCAACUACGUCCAGUUUAUAUUCCUACCUCUCCCUUAAUUUUCCUUAAAACCCUGUACUAAGUAAAACUACCUAAAAAUAACCUCCCUGUUGCACUCCUGGCACUAUUCAAGUCACUCCUGUGGACUCUAAACCUUCUUCCUCCUGUAUU